AUGACGAGAUGUAUAGAUAGAAUCAUUUUUACCAGUUUCGACGGAGUCCAUACUGGAGUUCCAACAAGAACUACACCCACAUUAACACCGACGACGUUGCGUAAUAUUGAGCAAACUUUUAUUGAAUUAACGAGAGAAACAGAAAGAAACGAACCGCAUCAAAACGAAGCAGGUUUUGUGCCUCCAAUAGUCCAACCUAUAACCACUCAAGGUAAAAGCUCAUACAUCAGUUUAGUGGAUAGUAAAGCCUGGAUCGGUGGUAGCACGACAAUAACAACAAAUCAAACCUCAUCAUCAACAUCAUCAUCAUCAUCAUCAUCAAUGAACCGGCCGACUGUUGUUAGUUCGGCAGCGACAAUGCCAUUGACUCAACCUCCUCCUGUUGCUCAACCUACCACGAGAAGAAAUUUAGGUGGACGAAGACCUACUAAAAAUAGCGGAAUUUCUCCAGAAGAGGAAGAAAGAAGAAGAAUAAGAAGAGAAAGAAAUAAAUUAGCGGCGGCUCGUUGCCGAAAAAGACGAUUGGAUCACACGAAUGAACUUCAAAAGGAAACUGACGGUUUGGAACAAAAGAAACAAAGUUUACAAAAUGAAAUUCAAUCACUUCAAAGCGAAAAAGAACAUUUAGAAUUUUUGUUAGAGGCUCACAAAGCAUGUUGUAGACUCGCUGGAACGGACAAUCCGCCAUCUCCUCCAGACAUAAAACCGGUUAUAUUUAUGGACGAUGAAAACAAAGUGAUAAUCGAGCAUGAAAAUUCCGUCAUAGCACCAUCAUCUCAACCCAGUCCGCCGAAGAAGCCAAUGAUAGCGGACGCGGCAACUUCUGGUGGAAACAAACCGUCCAGACCCAGUUCGCUUCCUUUUACCUCUUAUCCUUCGAAACCUGGACCCACGACCGUUCUAGAAGUUGCCGGCGUGCCUAUCACGACUCCGUCCGCCGGAAUUCCAUUUAAUUUCGAUUCCCUCAUGGACGGCGGUACUGGUCUGACUCCCGUUAGCGGCACCGGAUUGACGCCCAUUGUGCCAUCUUGCUCCAGCCAACAGAGAAAUUCUUCUAGUAUGGAUUUGGCGAGUCCGGAGAGCUCAUAUCCUCCAAAGCUGGUGUCUUUGUGAUGGACAUUCG